AUGGCAUCCAAAAUUGUCGUCAUUGGCGACGUCAAUGGCCAGUUCAAACCCGUCUUCCAGAAGAUUGGCGCGUUGCAUGCAAAGAACAACUUUGCUUUCGCCAUCGUUGUAGGGAGUUUGUUCGCAGAUCCAAGUGCGGCAGCCGAGACAGACGAUGUCGACGUGCAGUUGCUUGUGGAUGGUAAAAUUGAUGUACCUUUGCCUACGUACUUUGCUCUUGCCAGUCAUUCUCUUCCGCAAGCUGUCAGACAAAAGCUUGCAUCGUCCAACGAUGAAUUGUGCCAUAACCUGUUCUUCUUAGGCAGGCGCACAACUAUAAAGACCUCAGAAGAUCUUCGCAUUGUCGCUUUGGGCGGGCGGUAUGAGCCGAGCUUGGGUGCAGGCCAGUCCAACGACAAGUAUUCGCCUUUCUACAGUGCGACAGAUGCAAACAUUCUUCGCGGAGCGAUGACAGCCGACAUUCUCAUCACUAGUCAGUGGCCAGAGGGUAUUCAAGGACGUUCCAAAGUAGACUUCAGCCCAGAGGUUCCACCAUCAUCCCAACAAUGUAUCGCAGAUCUGGAUGUGGUGCUGAGGCCACGAUAUCAUUUUACAACCUCUGGGACCGCGUUCUACGAACGGGAACCCUUCUUCCACCCGCCAAGCGAGGACACCGACAACCUAUACCCCGUGACUCGCUUCAUCAGCCUGGCGUCCUACGGUAACCACAACAAGCAGAAGUGGAUAUACGCAUUUGCACUUGAACCACAUGCCAGCCAUCCUGUCAUGCCUCCUUCUGGGUCCACGGCUUGCCCACUCACCCUCUCAGAGAAGAAGCGAUUGGCACCGGAGCACCACGAUCAACAUCUGGUGUAUGACGACGGGUCCCGGGGACGUAGAGGGAAUAAGCGGCGGAAGGGUGAGCCGCGAGGUCCCAUCAGAGCCUCUGAAUGCUUCUUCUGCCUUGCAAAUGAGAACAUUGCGACACAUCUCAUCACAUCAAUUGGGGAAAACUCAUACUUGACCACUGCCAAAGGGCCCUUGCCAACCUCACAAACAUUUGUGAAAUUGGGGUUUCCUUGUCAUAUGCUCAUCAUACCGUUCACACAUCAACCAACAUUGGGCUCUAUGGAGGAAGAAGAGCGACAAGCAACAUAUGCCGAGAUGGAAGGUAUCGCGUAG